AUGGAUUCCACCAACACUGCGCUCCAUACUCCUGGCCCACCUCACUCUGUCCUCAAUAUCAAUAAGCCUCGCAAAACCACAUUCUACCUGGGCGAGUCGGGAAUGGCUUACGAGCUCGAAGUCAAGUGCACACGUGAGAGGUACGUUGAGGCCAUGUCACAGUUGAAGUUGGCACCGGAAUCUUCCAGUGACUGCUCCAGCCCUUUGCUUGCUAUCUUGAAAGAUCUCCAGGUGUCUGCUGGGGAGAUGGACAUCUUCACCGGCAUUGGAUACCCUGAAAGGAUCACGGCUGCGACACACUCAGGCCUGGGUCGUGAUAGAUUCUUUGGAAACUUUGGCACUGAAGAUAGGGAUUCGCUGCUCGCCUUGAUCGCUUUGUGUUCUUUCUACAAGGAUGAAACUCGCAUCAUCUAUCAUUUGGAGCUGAUAGAGGAUCCAAAACCUUGGGUAAGAACGAUUCGUCGAUUGAUCAAGGAAGAAUUCUCCCAUUAUUCUGCGCUAGCCUUCAUGGCCUGGAAGUGGGACAUUGUCGACAGAGACUUCGCCGUCGGUGAUCUUGCCUCAUUCUUCCCGGCACAUGAUAUCUUCUUUUGGUGUCACCUAGUGGAAGACAAGAAAGCCAUUACCUACCAAAACUUGUGCCGUCGUCCUACCCUUCUCCAGAUUUGGUUGGACAACGAGGUCGAAUCCGACGCUCUGGACCUGUGUGAGCAGCCUCCUAGACUCGCCGACUGUGGUCGAGCCAAGACAGGCAGCAACCACGAAUCAAGCUCCACUGCCGAGGAUGUUGGAGGAACCGUGUCCAGUGAAAUUACCACGAUCAGCGACGAGCAAAAGUACAACAUGAUCCAUGCCCUCAUUUUCAUGCUCAAGAAGAAGGAUUCCUUUCCACAUGCUUUGAGACAACACAACCUGGACAUGGCAAAUACUCUUAUUGAACUCGGGGCUGAUGAAGGCUUUGCCAAGAUUCUGGCUAACAACCAGAAGGCUUGUGAUGAAAUCCACAAGACAAGACUUCUUAAGUUACGUGAUAACUAUGUCCUCAUCAAUACAAAGGGUAUUGCGCAGAAGAAAGAUCGCCCGUACAGCAAGGCGGACAUCGAGACCUACCUCAAAGAGAUGGUCGACUCCAGGUUGGACUAA